AAUGGCUGAUGAGCUUGUUUCCAUCACUAAUGGGAUUGUGCUGCUGUGAUUUGUCGGAUCGGAGGGAAGGUUGAUCCACACACACUCGUUUUCUGCAGCAUUGCGGUGCGCGCUCGGGGAUGAUCAGGAUCUUCCCGGAUUUCAGUGUUCAGGUGACGGCGGCGGCGGCUGCAGGUGCGGGAGCCGGUGGAGGGAUGCCGGCUGCGUCCAGAGUCCCGGGAGCUACUAACGGGAACCCGCAAAACCUCCAAGGCUUGACGUCUUACCAACAAAGCGAGCCAUACUGGGAGAGGUCUGCUAAUGCAAGCUCAUGCUCCGCCACUAGGCCCAAGACACUCCACCUUGGAGGGCAACAACAUACCUCAUCACCAUGGUUGCAGGCUCUAAGGAAGGAGAAGUCACGUGACGCUGCUCGCUCGCGCCGGGGGAAGGAAAACUUCGAGUUCUAUGAGCUGGCAAAGAUGCUUCCGCUCCCCGGCGCCAUCACCAGCCAGCUGGACAAGGCCUCCAUCAUCCGCCUCACCAUCAGCUACCUUAAGAUGAGGGACUUCACCAACCAGGGGGACCCGCCGUGGAACCUGCGCUUCGAAGGACCGCCGCCCAACACCUCAGUCAAAGCUAUCGGGUCCCAGCGGAGGCGGAGCCCCAGCGCUGUUGCCACAGAGAUCUUUGAGCCUCACCUUGGCAGCCACAUCCUGCAGUCCCUGGAUGGAUUUGUAUUUGCACUAAACAAGGAGGGGAGGUUUUUGUACAUCUCAGAGACGGUGUCCAUAUACCUGGGGCUUUCACAGGUAGAGCUGGCGGGCAGCAGUGUGUUUGAUUACGUUCACCCGGGCGAUCAUGUGGAGAUGGCCGAGCAGCUGGGCAUGAAGCUUCCACCGGGCAGAGGGCUGCUGUCUCAGGGCGGCGGGGCCGAGGACGGGGCCAGCUCUGCCUCUUCUUCCUCUCACUCUGAGACACCUGAGCCAGUGGAGUCGAACAGCCCUAGUCUUCUGUCGCCGGAUAACAUUCUAGAACGUUCCUUCUUCGUCCGUAUGAAGUCCACGCUCACCAAGAGAGGCGUCCACAUCAAGUCCUCUGGAUACAAGGUUAUCCACAUUACCGGCAGGCUGCGGAUAAGAAUGGCAUUAACACACAGUCGUUCGGUACCCAAUCAAAUCAUGGGCAUGGUUGUGGUGGCACACGCACUUCCUCCGCCAACCAUCAAUGAGGUUCGGAUCGACUGCCAGAUGUUUGUUACACGGGUCAACAUGGAUCUCAACAUUGUUUACUGUGAAAACAGAAUCAGUGACUACAUGGACCUGACACCUGUCGACAUCGUAGGGAAGAGAUGUUAUCAAUUCAUUCAUGCAGAGGACGUGGAAGGCAUUCGGCAAAGCCAUUUAGACCUGCUGAAUAAAGGUCAGUGUGUGACAAAGUAUUACCGCUGGAUUCAGAAGAAUGGAGGUUAUAUCUGGAUCCAGUCCAGUGCCACUAUUGCAAUCAACACCAAGAAUGCCAACGAAAAAAACAUCAUCUGGGUCAACUAUGUACUCAGUAAUCCAGAGUACAAAGAUACACCCAUGGAUAUCGCACAGCUGCCUAACCUGCCAGAGAAAGCAUCCGAGUCCUCAGAAACAUCUGAUUCUGAAUCCGACUCCAAGAACUCUGAAGACAAUGAAAACUCCAAGUCAGAUGGAAAGGGGAAUCAGUCUUCCGAGAAUAGUGAAGAUCCAGGGUCAGACAGUAAGAAACAGACGGGCCGGCCGCCAGAGCAAGAGAUGAGACGACAGGAGGAAGGAGACAGUUCCAGCAAUCCAGAAAGUCAGGACAGUGAUGAUAGUCUGGAACCUUCUGACUGUGAAACUGACCACAAGGACUUCCAUUGCACGGCUUCCCCACGAGUCUACACCACUGGAACGAUCCGAUAUGCCCCAGCAGACGUCAGUCUGGCCAUGCAGGGCAACAUCCUGCCUAAUGCUCACACCGCUGUGAACUUCAUGGAUGGGCCCGGCUUUGGCAUAGACCCCAAGACACCCAUGGAGAUGCUGUACCAUCAUGUGCACCGGCUCAACAUGUCCACCCCCUUUGGGGGUGCGGUCAGCGGAGCCGGGCUCACUCAGAUGCCAGCUGCUAAUGUCUUCACCACAGCAGAGGGACUUUUCUCCACGCUUCCAUUUCCCGUCUACAGCAACGGCAUCCACAACACACAGACUCUGGAGCUAAACUUUGACAACGACAGCAGCAUCUGGAACUACCCACCCAACCGAGAGAUCUCCCGCAACGAGUCUCCCUACAGCAUGACAAAACCCCACAACACCUUUCCUUCUCCCCCGCCUGCCGGCCUGCAGGUGUCCAUCCCCGACUCUGUCCUCACUCCACCUGGUGCCGAGGGUGGAGGAGGCAGCAGAAAGCCCAACUUCAAUGGCAACAGUAGCAGCGGCAACAAUAACAGUGCCCCCACCUCUGUGUCCAGCGCAACUCCGGGCAGCUUGGUUCCUCCUUCCAGUUCCACCACUGCUGACCCGCUCUCCCCACCUCUCUCGGCAUCGCCACGGGACAAGCAGCAGGGUACACCCACCUCCUCUGGUUCCCUGCUCUACACCAGUGAUCUGGAAGCCCUGCAGAGGUUACAAGCGGGGAACGUGGUACUUCCAUUGGUGCACAGAGUCACAGGCACGCUUGCUGCCACCAGCACGGCUUCCCCACGAGUCUACACCACUGGAACGAUCCGAUAUGCCCCAGCAGACGUCAGUCUGGCCAUGCAGGGCAACAUCCUGCCUAAUGCUCACACCGCUGUGAACUUCAUGGAUGGGCCCGGCUUUGGCAUAGACCCCAAGACACCCAUGGAGAUGCUGUACCAUCAUGUGCACCGGCUCAACAUGUCCACCCCCUUUGGGGGUGCGGUCAGCGGAGCCGGGCUCACUCAGAUGCCAGCUGCUAAUGUCUUCACCACAGCAGAGGGACUUUUCUCCACGCUUCCAUUUCCCGUCUACAGCAACGGCAUCCACAACACACAGACUCUGGAGCGCAAAGAGGAUUAAAGCAAAACAUCGAGACCAUAUUACUGUGUUCAACUGUGUUAAAAAGACUUCUGAGGCAAAAGACUGUGUUGGGGAAAAGUGAGAUGUUCUAGCACUUUGAAUUUUGAGCAAUUGAGCUUGUGUAACUGAAAUGAAUGGUUUCUCUUCCUGUGUCUUUCUAUCUCUUCGACUUUCUCUUUCUUUCUUGCCUCCUUAGACAAGUUCUUGAUGACGGUUUCUCUAAACAGACUCAUCUCUAUUGUAAAGAGUUCCUUCUGAGCCACAGGGAAUUCAUAGCACUGUAGCAUAUGUUUUCUCUGUGGUGUGAUAUUUGUCCAGAGUAUAUAACAUCCUCAUUAGGAUGUCUUAAAGGUAUUAGAAAAAGAAAAUUGACAAGAAAAGAAACUGUUUAUGUUUCUAAAGGUCUACGUGGUGUAAUCACGAUUGAUGCUGACAAAAGGAUGUUACCCUAUUUGAUGUAGUUCAAAGGGUUUUGCGGUUCUUUCUAAAGGGGGAAUAGUAUUUUAGAAAUAAUGCUUUUUCUUCGUUUUUUAUAGCUCAACUUAACUUGCAAAUCAUGCAUUUUAAAAAAGAAAUUUUAGCCGGAUAUUGACCUGUGCAUAGAAUGUUACUAUAAAAUCCCAGGACAUGGAACAGGUCAGUGUGAGAUUUUUCCAGUUCCAUCUUCUGUUUGCAGAUCCAUGGUGCUAUCAUUGAGUUACCCUCACUCAGCUGGCUGAUGUAGGUACUGUUCCGGAAAUCCAAACAAAUGGCGGCUUCAGAGCUUUUCCACAGAAAAGUCAAACCUCUAACAGAUUUUUUUUUUUUUUUUUUCAGUUUUUGUUUUGUUUAUUAUGUUCAUCACCUACCCGUGAACACAGGAGAAUAUUUAACUCAAUCUGACUGAGUCUGGAAAGGGAUACAGAAACAUUUUUUUGCAACUGAGGCUAAUUUUACAUCAUAAACUUGAAGAUGAAUGUUAAACUCCAAAACAUAGCUGGUCAGAGCUAUGCUUAAUUGUUUUGGGGAUUUAUUUUAUUUUUUAUAAAUUUUUGGCUUGAUUGUUUACACUCCCUCUUUAGCUUACAAGCCUGGUGUCCUUUCCGAAAUCAGUCCCCCUUCAUCCCUUACCCCUUAACUCUCUCUGAAAAUCACAUAUCAAAUGGAGAUUGUAAUAAGGACAUGCAUUUUCAAUCAAAAAAUGUGUUUUGAAAAUCCACAUUCCUAAUUUUUAUCCACUGUUGCCAAAAAAACUUUACUCUCACAGUUUGGUGUUAAAACACUGUGAUUUGAUGUUAAAAAAAAAAAAAACACUAAAGUAAUAAAACGGAAGAAAACUGUCACUUCAUCAUUUGGCAGCCAUCCAUCAAGUCAUCUAUUACACAGUGUGAUAACCGUAAACUUGUACAAUGUGUAAGUGUCAUUGGCUGUCAGUCUCCAUAGCAACUUAAGUGUGUGUUACUAUAUGCAGUAUAUACUGAGCUAAUGUAGCUGUUUUGUCCUUUGUCCUCUCUGUGCUAGUCCGGGCUUGGACGGGGAAACAUUUGUUCUCCUUCCAGCCCCCUUGCAGUCUUAGUGAACCAGUGGAGGUUAGUGGAUUUUGUGUGGUGGCCUUCCAAUGUAGUGUCACCUUUUUUGCUGCUUCCUUUUUGUAUGUAUUACUUUUUUCUGUUUCUGCUAUUGCUUUGCUGUCGUGUAGUCUACAGACCUCUCUCUUCUCAGAGAUAAAAGACUCUAAACUAGCUCAAAGGUUUAAGGAGCCAUUUUUUGCCACUGAGGAAUUCUGGGAUUGCAGUUUCCAGCUCAAAUGUGAUGAGGAAUAAAAAAAUGGAAGUAGCAUUUAGUAGACUGGAACCUUAAAAGCCUCAGAUGUGAAACAUUCCCAGAGUCCCUUGUGCUUGUCUUGUGCAUUGGGUGUAUUUCAUUGGUUUCCACCAAGCCUGUUGACUUCAAGGACCCUGCAACUCACAGGAAAUAAAAAAAAAAGAUGACGGUAGUAUU